GUCAAAACUCAAACCGUGUCCUCUCAAAACCCCCAUUCUCGGCCACUUCUCUGAGACAGACUCGAAGGAUUCGAUUUCUACUCUUCUCGGGAAGUAGGAGCGAAGAGCCUCGCCUGAAAAGGAACAAUCUUUCAAGUGGGAAAGCCGAUGAUAUUGAUGAUGAUGUCGUCGCUGUCUUCUCCAUCUUCGUGGUCGGUACCUCCGUUAUUCAAAUCCAAGCCCUUCACCGGCGAUUACAGACCUAUAACGCCGGCGGGAGUUCCUUUCUGCCGAGGCGUCAGGGCUUCUUCCGAUGUCCCCGAUUUCCUCUCCGCCGAUUGGCUUGAAUCACGACGGAAGAAACCAGAUGGGCCAAAACUAAAUUUUAGUGCUGAAGAAGCUGUUGAGUACCAGCUUGAUGCAUUGAAGCACAAUGACCAACCUCACCAUGAUUAUGGAAUUGAAGUUAUGUACAGGUUUGCUGGAUUCGAUCCUUUUGAGAGAUCGGCCUAUUUCGGACCCUUCUUCGAUCUCGGGCAGUUUGAAAGGUUUCGACGGAUUUUCCACCACUCGACGUACAGAGUAUUGCUUGGUCAUAAGGAGAGGAAGGUAUUGAGCUGCCUGUUAGUGGAAGAGAAUCGGUUUAAGCAACGGGUAUGGGUGAGAGGCAAUCGUCCAGAAGAGGAAGAGAUAUUCCAGUUCACCAUGGUUCAGAGAGUUGGUGGUUCUUGGGAUGGGUAUUGGCUGACAGAGUCUCUCCUUAAUGAUGGAGAUGCCUUUUCUGGUGGAUUGGCAUAUUGAACCAGAAGAAACAAAGGGGCCCUUGAUCAUGUUUGAAACAGUGAAACUACUACAAGCACCAAUCGAAUUCGUGUACAUGUUAUGGCAAUGCCGCAUAGUUAUAUUCAUCGUUACAAAAAUACAUCAGUGUAAAUUGUGGCUGUACAUAUCCGAGUUCUGUAAUAUAUUAUAUAAGAUCAGUGAAUUUCUUU